AGUGUGCUGGGUGACGGACACACACAAGUACACAUGCGAAACAAGAAGAAAAUAUACCAGUAAAAAAUCCAAAAACAAGAAGAGCCAGAAGGCAAAAGUGUGUACGUGUAUGCGGAGGGUGUGUAGUACUAUAUGUGUGUGAAAGGAAGAGCGAAAUGAGCUGGACUCGAAUUUCCACCAGCCUCUGUCUCAGACUCAACCAUGUGACUCGAUCGAGUUCAGUCAAGGCUCCGCUUAGGUUCCGUUGGCUUAUUACAUCUGGCCGUCAAAAGUGUUAACGAAAAGAAGUGACGUUUUUUGAUAGUUGAAGAACGUGAAAUCACGGCAACUUUGUUGAAUCAAAGAGAAAUUGGUGGUCAAUUAAAUUUAGUGGUGGAUCUCUUUAUUGCAACAUGAUUUGCCGCUACGUUUUGUUGAUCCUGUCUGCGUUCCAGUCGGUCCAACCGCACGGAUUACAAACGACAACAGUGAUGCCGUCAUGCUGUGCCACCGCCGUAACGGACGCUUGCCGGACAUUCUGCCAAAAAAUGGAUCAAACUCUCCUCUAUCCGGCUGAUCCCGAACUGUUGGUCGAAAUGGCGUCACACUGUCCUCCGUCCAUGCAAGAAUCGUUUUGGAACUGUCUCAACAUCACCAUAGGACCAAAGCAAGAUGGGGAUUACCUGGGCCGGCAGUGUUGUUCAUUGUCGCCCGUCCACCGAUGCCAAACGGCCUGUCUGAGAGCAAAACAGUACUCGGAAGAUCUGGCUAAUGAAUGCCGUAAGAGCGACAAUAUGCAGCUCUUCCAAUGCCUCAAUCUCAUCCGGGAAGGAGAAGAAUGUUGUACCUUAUCAACCGAUUCCCAAUGCCGAAAAGCGUGUUUUACCGUUUACAGUGCAACGGCGACAUCCGUUUCCGGAGCGGGCAUUAAUGGGACGCUGAGGCACGCGGCCAAUACGGCGUGUGCUCGGUCACACAACGUGCUGCAGUGCGCCAAAAAUCUGCUGAAAGUCGAUCGAUUACCAUUCAGCACUUCUACGUUACAGUGUUGCGAUAAGGGCAAGACGUUCCAGUGUCAAGAGACGUGCCGUUCUGUACUCAAGGCCGGCGAACCGGACGCUGUGGGCUUGCUGGUCAAGGACUGCGGUGAACUAUCGCUGACUGAGCCACUAUGGAAGUGCUUCAUGAGCAAAUCGCCGCCUUCUUCGCCGGAGCGAAGUGCCAACAAUUAUGACCGUGCCAUCAACGAUAUCAGAAAUAAGCCAAGAAGUUUAAUCGAUCCGUCAAAGACAGCUGCGACGACGAUCACUACAGCAACGGCGAUUCAGCGUAGCAGUUACGACGCUGCUAAAUUAAGCUGUUGCGAUCGUGGUACUUUGCAAUGUUACCGUCUUUGCCGAACGGCCCACACCAACGAAUUUUUUCCCGAAACGGUGGAAUUGGACGAGUGUGUCGCUCAGCCCAGUGAGGCUGCUUUGGCCACCUGCUUUGAAGAUGUUGACGAACCGUGCCAGCCCGGCUGUUCUAAUCUGUCCUUCUGCUCCAGCUUCAACAACAGACCACUGGAGCUGUUCCGCAAUUGUAAUCCCGAAGCGGACGCAGCAGCACAAAAUGUCUUCCAAGAAUGGAUUCGUAUGACACGCGUUGUCCUCCCUGGUUUGACGGGCCGGCAAGAUGUGAAGCUUUGGGGUCCGUCUACAUGCAUGAUGCCACAAUGGAAAGCCUUAGCUUGCGCCCUUCAGUUUAAACCAUGUCGGCGAAACAUGUUAAGAACCGCAAUUUGCUGGAAUUCGUGCAUUAAAUUGCUUAGCGGAUGCAUGACACAAUACAAUGCCACGCUGGCCGUCGAGUUAUGUAAUCGCUUGACGCCAGAGUCUUUCACAGGAGCCUGCAUUAGUUUAGAAGAUUACCUAUCGCCCCAACCUAAGACAGUUGCCGUCGUGGCACCGUGUCGUUACAACACCUGUCGAACGGACCAGGUCUGCGUUGUUGAUCAUCGCAGUUCCAAUGGCUAUUCUUGCCUGCCAGGCUGUAAAUUUGGAGACCGAUCAAAAAUGCUAGGCUUCCCGAAAUCUUGGGUUCAACUACCAACACCUUCAACUUCUUGCUAUUAUAAUAAUUGCAACGAAGUGUGCUAUUGCAAUGGAAAGGGCGAACUUCAGCAAUGCCAUACACCACCUUCGCAGCCUUUCGAGGCUUGUAGAGUAGGCCAACAACAAUUCGUACAUGGGACACGAUUGCAAAACGAUUGCAAUCAAUGUAUUUGCCAUUACGGGGAGUUGAUUUGCACGCGUUAUCGGUGUGACAACUCUUCCGGUGUCAGCUCCGUGAUUUGGAGUUGCCCACUUCAGCCCAAUCCGGUGUGUACCAGCUCUGGCAAACGAUUCUUAAAUACUUGUGUAGCACAAUGGCAUGGGACGGCUGUCGAACCUUUAGAACACUGUCCCCAGGAAGGACCCGACAGUUUCUUUGCACCUGAAUGCUACACAGUUAUCCAGCUGGUCUACAGUCAGAAACAGAUUGAUCGCUUGAGCCGCAGUACGAACAAGUCAACGAUUUUCUCGGCAAGCCUGGUGGAACAAUCGCUGCGCUAUUUGUUAGCAUAUUCGCACUGCCAUGUCAGCGUGUUUCAUAGUGUUGAUGGAGAACUGCUUGCCGUCGUCCAUUCACAAAUGCACUGCGCCAGUUGCAGUGCCGAAGCCGAGAAAAUUGUCAUGCUCUUCGAUACUCGCAGCCCUCAGGUUACUUUAAAUGUUCAGCUCGACGUCAUUUUACUGGCGGAAGUCGUCCAGUUUGUCCAGGUCCAUCCUUCCUACACCCACACAUCGAGUAGUAGCGGCUUGUCCGCACAUCGUGUUCAAUCCAUCUAUACCAUUCCUUUUGUUCUCAGUCUGCUGAGAUUUAUUUAA